AUGUUUCAGAUCCAAGUCGAAUUAAGUCCGUCUUCGUCUCCUCAAGGCUCAUCUCAACAACUUUCUAACGAACCACCCGCUGAAAUCGAGUGGAGCCCAGCACGGCAAACGAUGGACACAGUCGUACCAAAGCCAGCCAUACAUUCAAAUCCAUCUGUCAUGCAGGAAAUCGAUCUGCUGAAAACCAGAAAAGUUUCUGCCGGCUCCGACUCAGCUCUGUUGACAAAGAAGCCAUAUGUUAAGUCUGCAUCGUUAGACGAGACAUAUGAGAGCUCGCCGUCGCCUCGACGAAAUUCGUCCAACGAACGUGCCCGUCAGAAUUUGCUGGCACAACGACGUCAGAGUCAGAUUCAGAUGGUGCAGGAGAUGUCCGGUCGGCAAACGACAACGACGCUGAUUCCGCUCACAUGUGCUCAAAUCCAUCUCAUCCGCUCACUAUGGCGGCAGAUUUACACAAGCAAAGGACCGACGGUCAUUGGCAGCAGCAUAUAUCAUCGACUUUGUUUUAAAUGUCCACAGGUGGGUUUUUGGGGAAACAGUCAGCUUACAGUUGGAGUUUCCGCAGAAAAAAAAACUGUAGGUAAGAUGAUAACAUUCAAUGGCACAUUCCGCAACCAUCCAAGGCAGAAGCUCUCUUUUCAAUCGGAAAAUUCAUGUUCUGGUUCCUUUUCGUGA